UAUCUUAUUCAAGCUGAACGCUUACUCCGAAAAGACCUGUCUGGAAACACGUGGUUUUAGAACACAAUGAAUCUGUCCCUACCAUGAAGGAGCUAUUAUCACAAAAGGGAGAUAAUAAAUGUAACAGAAAUGGAAAAAUGAAAAUAUUCACAUACAAAAGUGAACAAUCUCUAUCACUUACAUAUGUUUUCUAAGAUAAUUAGGUACCGGCCAUCUGGCCUGAUUCAGCUUUGUACAUACAGACAUGGCUGUUUGUUGCUGGACAGAAGAAUCGUAAAGCCAUUAACAUGCACAUGUCAAACACAUUCUCUACAAUUCAAACGCACAUUGUUUGGUGUAGAAAAAUCAAACUUUGGAGAUCCUACUUUCAAACCAGGGGCUGUAAAUCGUAUGAAGCGUCUCACUGAAGAACUAGUGAGUACAGAGCAGUCCUUGGAUGUCAAUGUUUUAAGAUCUGCUUUACAGAGAGAAAAUCUAUUCAACGAAGAAAUUUUCCCAUACAUUACAUUGCAAAUGGUUCAGAAAACAAGGCAAUCCUUUGAGACAGUAGAACAAAUUUUGCAGGAUCUUGAUAGAGCACAGUUUGAUAUCCCUGAACUGGUGCUUCUUUUGCAUAUCUUUGCCACUCUUCAGUGUGAGGAUCUAGUGUUUUCUACAUAUGAUCGUAUGUGUGAAAUCUCAGAUGGAGUAUUUGAUUUUGAAACUUUACUGACAGUAAUCCAGAUACUAUCUUUCACCAGUAGGUGGAGAGAGUGUUUCAAGUUGUUGGAUUUAUGUCUAAUAAUAAAGCCGAGUAUUCAGAGUGGUUUUGACUAUAUCCUUGCUGCCACAGCCCGUGCAGGAGACUUUCACACAUUCUGUGACAUUAUAGUUAAGAUGGACAAUCUAGUGAAGUUACAACAGUUUCAACCCACAUCACAGAACUUGCCAUUGUCUUUGAAUGUAUUUGUGGAGGGAUAUUUGUCAGCUGUUGAAAGAGGUGUGGAGCAUUUCACCUUUGAAAACUUGUUCUUCUUAAUGAAAAAGUACCAGUUUUUUGUGAAAGAAGAAAAUAUUGCGUCAAUUCUUACACAACUAGAAAGGUCUGGGUUUUCAUCUCAUAUUGGAGAUUUGCAAGAUUUUUUACCAGAAGACCCUUAUAUUAAGAGAUGGAAUCAUGUGCCAAUGUGUGAGGUUUGUGGCUCAGCUUUGAACAGACAAGAACUGACAAAUGAAGAGUUUGAGGAGCUGUGUCAUGCUUACUUCUCUCAAAGUAAUACCAAUGUUUAUCUCAAGAACAAUCCCUCAGAGACAAAAAAGCUGAAACAAGUCAUUCAUAGCUUGGGUCCAUUUGAUGUGGUUAUCGACCAUCUAAACACGUGUUUUAGAGGAGGACAGUUUGACCCUCAACAUAGUUUAUCGAUUGUAAAACAACUGAAAAACAGAGGAUUGAGCUGUCUUUUGAUAACGAGGGCGAGAUAUUUCAAAAGUCUUAAGCCUUACCUGAAGACAGAACUGGAAGAAUAUGCAACCAUAUUUAUUUCUAAAUCAGAAUCACUUGAUGACUUGAUUGUGUUAGAUGCCACUUUCUUUAGUGGAAUCAACACUAUGCUGCUGAGUAAUGACAAGUUCUCUGAUCAUGCAAGCCUCCUUGGAACCGGAAUGCAUUUAUUGUUUCAAAGAUGGCAAAGAUGUAGACAGAUCCUUAGAAGUCAGACAGCCCCACUAUCAACAGUAGAGCUAUUUUUUCCUCAAAGUCCGGAUACCUUUGUACAGGAAUCUGAAAAUGGAUGGCAUAUCCCUUUUGGACAAAAAACAUUUCAUUUUCAGGACAAGAAAGUCUUAUGUGUGAGAAGAAAAAGAGUCUGAUUGUCCCAUUUAAAACUAUUACAUUUGCUUUAUAAAGCAAGAAUAUCCCAAAUUGGAUCAAAAGAAAGAACAUUGUUAUUAUGUAAAGAACUUUCAACACUGACAUGGUACUAUUUAGAGUAUUUUAUUUCACCACUACAUUCACCAGUUAGUACACACAACUUGCAGUAAGUCCACCUUUCAGACCAUGCUGAUGUAGUGAUCAUUGCCUGAAGCUUACUGGUACUGACAGGUAUUAAUACAGCUGUACUGGAACAAUACAUUUUACAGAAUGAAGCCUCCAUCAUUUGUACACAUUCUUUCAAAAAAUAUCAAAGAGGCUUAAGAGUUGGCAGACCAGUUGAAUCCAUUAACUCAUGUCUAUUACCAGGUUAUCUCACUUAACUAGGCACAUAUCUUGGUAAUAAAGAUUUGUGUAUUCUAGAUCUAGUUGACCAGGAUAAGGAACCAGUCCUUGGUAUUCCUGUCUAAAUAUUGCAGUAUCAACAUAUCGAGGAUUUCUUCCCAUUAUCACACAAGCUCGAGCUAAAAGAUAAAUAUCAAUAUUUGAAAUUUUGUACUUGUGAACUAUGUAAGUCAGUAUUGAGUUAACAUGCCAGUAAAUAUACGGUUUUUACACA